GUUGUGAUUUUUUUCUUCUUUUCUCUACCCGAGUUCACAAUCCUGAAUAUAGCAGACUUUCUAAUCUUGGACAGCUCGCUCGUCACUUGUACCCCCUCCUGUUCUCAAGCAACAACUACAACAACUUCAACGAACAAAAAAAAAAGCCCUACCAAGUGAUCAUCUCCGUUUCCAUAUGACUGCCAUCGCCAAUAGAGACGACAUCCCGUCUGGCGGAGCCCUGGACGACCUGGGCGAUCUCGAUCACCUCCAUCGUGCAGACCACCUGCCGGACGACUUUCUAGACGCGGCUUUUGAAGAAUUCUCGGCCUAUUCAUCCUCCUUUUCAGUGUCGGCCGCACCGUCGGCCACAGCUUCGCCGUAUUGCUCGCCCGCCCCACCACCCCAGCCAAAACGUAACCUCGCUCUUUCACGGACGCACCAAUCACGGCCAUUAACCCAUUCUGCUUCUGCUGCUGCUGCUGCUACUGCAUCGGCCAAUGCGCAACGUCCUCCACCAAUAGGCGACCCUGCAACCCCAAAACAUGCCGCAAUCACCUCGUCAAGCACAACCAGUGAAGGCCAAACAGCAGACCACCACCACAAUUCCUCGCCGCACGGCGUCGCCAUGCUGGCCGCGCUGGACGAUGCUCUGAGCCAAGACGCUCACGCGUCCGAGCUAGCGUCCGCGGCGCUGGCGGCGGCCGAUGCAGGCGAUCAUGUGCUCUUGACUGCGGCGCAGCUGGACGCCUUCUCGCACCAUCCGGAAGACCACACCUUGCCUGUUGAUGACACGGCCUUGCGAAGCAUCAGUGCUGGCAUGGACGCGCUUGCCAACCUGCCCGACGAUCCUGCGGCCGCAGCAAUCCAAGCAUGGGAGUCGCACGCCGAUCUCUUUGAUCCUCAGCUUCUCGACUCGCACGACGACGCUCUCUGGGCGGGCCUGUUGCUCAACGACGACAUGUCCGACCACAUGCACCUCGGAUCGGUCGCGCAUCUCGAUGGCGCGAACGCCGAGGCAGCUGCCGCCGCUGCCGCCAUGGACCUGUCCGACGACCUCGCGUUCAUGCAGCACCACGACUCUGAAGCCCACCUGUCGGGUGCUCUGGCAGCCUUGGCCAACAGCGACCCAAGCAAUCAACAGCACCACCACCACCAGGCGUACUCGUCGCCCGCUCAGCCUUCGGGUCUCGUGCUGACCUUGAAGACCAAAAAGCAGCACUCCAAAUCCACCCCCAGCACCCCGGUCACCACCCCGACGCGAAAGUCCACCCGCCUCACCCGCAUCACAGCGCCGACGGCUUCGCCCAGCAAGGCCCAGCGAAAACGCGACGCCGCUGCUGCCGCCGCUCUUGCCCGAGCCAACACCCUCUCUGGCAGUGUCGGCGACGACGACAUGGACGAGGACGUCGAGGAGCUUGAGGGCUUUGAAGACACGGAGACUCGCCUGACCAAGGUUGAACCGGCGCUCGCCCAAGCCCAAGCCUUGCGCGCACAACAGCAAUCGUUCGGCUCGUACUCUGCCGCCGGCACGCCACUGGCCUCGCCUAGUAUGGCGCAUCGCGGCGGCGCAGCGACGGCAGCGCAUCUCGGCGUGCCACUUGCUCCUCAGUUUGGCUCCUCGUUCGGGACGCCCCAGCGACCCAGCAGGCCCGCUCACGACGAGGAUGACGAGGACGAGGAGAUUGACGUCGUUGGCGACGAGUCUGACGAUGACACGGCCGCGCAGCUCCCGCAACGGCGCCCUGCCGACUCUGCUGCGAACGGACGAGGACCGGUGCGAUCCAAUCUGGUCAUUCCGCAGCCUGCUUUUGCCUCGCCUGCUGCGCCCAUUUUUGCACAAGCCGCGUCUUCGUAUGCCGCUGCUGCAUCGACCGGGCUCACUCCGCGCAUUGGUACCAUGAACUUGUUAAACUUCCCGACCCGCACCCAGUCGGCACCGUCGUCGCCAUUGCAACGGCCGAGCGCUGUUGCCACCGCUGCUCGCAAACGCAAGAACGAACUCGUCACCCCUUCCCAGCUCGACAUGGUCUUGCUCUCACCCACCAAGCGCGCACGAAGCGUCGAAAACGUGGCAGCGGCCGCCGCCGCAGCUGCAGCAGCAGCCGCCACAACCGCAGCAGCCGCAGCCAUUGCUGCCGGCGGCAUGAGCACUCCCGGCACGCCCAACCCGCGCUCUGGCUUUAUGACUUCGGCGACCAUGUCGCCCAUGUCCACCGCGCCAUCGUCGCUCAACCCCAGCCCUUCCACGUCCCCAGUUCCCUUCAACGAGGACGACGGAGCCAUGGAAGGCGACGCUACAGACUCUGUAGCCAAGCGACGAUUCCACAAUGUUCUCGAGCGCAGGCGCCGAGACGACCUCAACAAGUCGUUCAUUAUGCUCCAAAAGAAAAUCCCAGAGCUGGUCGACACGUCUGCGGCCGCCAAGGUCCACAUUUUGCGCAAGGCUGCCGAGUACAUUCGGUCGCUGUGUGACCGCGAGGUCGAGCUCGAAGCCGCCAAGGCUCGUGCUCUCCGCGAGCAUGACGAGCUUGUUGCCCGCUUGCAAGCGCUCCGUGGUAGCCGAUGAAACCAGCAGGAUGCCACUCUUUGUUUCGUUUGAAGCAUUCAUUUCGCGCCUCCGGUCGUCCACACCCACUACAUGUUGUGUUUGUUUUUGAACAAUGUUACUUUUAAGCUAUUUUUUUUUUCCUCUUGUCUUUUUUGUUUCUCCCCUCUCGCUUUGACUUCGCACAGUGUAAUUGCGGAUGUAUGAAAAGAGUACGAUUUCACAUUUA